AAACCACAAAAUUUGAAUAAUAAUAAAAUCCCAUAAGUACUUAACACAUUGCAUAAGUCGCCAUUUAUUAAAUUUGUGCAAAAUCUCUCCUUCAACUUGUGCAAAAUUUUAUCCAAAACCAUGGCCAAAGUUGGAGUAACAGUUUUUGCAAUAUUUUCCAUUGCACUGUCCACACCCGUUUUUGGUGCACUUUUUGGACCAACUCCGUUCUGGAAUGAUUUAAAGACAACUUUUGCAAUAGAUGGAUUCGUCCCAAUCUACCAAGGCAAAGGAUACAACCCACUGCCAAGGAGUAAGACCGAUGCAGAAAAACAAAAUUGGAUUUCUGCCAGUACAACUUGCGAAAAUGAUGGAAAAUUUGCCGGAUUUCGAUACAUUAACGCUGCCGAUCCAACCAAACUGGAUACAACUACAUCACCAUUGUUCGAUAAAAACGGAAUUAUUGCUGGAAUCCAGAUGAACAUCAAAGUUUCCGAAGCUAAAGCGAAUCCCAACAAUACGUAUAAAUUUGACAAAAUUGCCAUGUUUUAUCGAAACACCAUCGCUGGGGAUGACGUUUACACGUUGACGGCGUACUUUGUACAUAGAUCCAAGCACAAUCUGUUCCCAAGGCCGUACCUCCACCCAGUUCACAUCUGACGGUACCGGAACCCAACUUUACUUCCAGAACGGACCAGAUCCCUCAAAUCUUAUCGUUGUCCCAAAUGACCGCACCCAAGCGCUCACCGAGGGAUGGAGUGACAACAAAUGUUUCGUCGGGAUGGGAGUGCACAAUUGGUUUGAGCAGGAAAAAUUUCAAGAAACCAAUUGCAACUACCUUCGCCCAGCUUUUCUUCUGUACAAUUUGAAAAAUAAACUGAUCGGUUUCGAAUUCCAGCAUGUUGGAAAAUCCGUGUCGAACAGGGUCGAAUAUCCGCCACAAGCGGUUGUCAAGAUGAUUGUUGGCGACAAGUGUUCCCAAUGUUUGCUCGAUUUGGCAGCCGAUGGUGGAAUUGGUGUUACAACGAUGCACGUGUUUAUGAUUGGAAGCCCACAAUUUCAAAACUGUAUCAUAUAAAGUAACCCUAUGAAGUAUUGGCUAAUCUAUUUUUAAAUAUCAGAAACGGUACUAAAACGCCUAAAAUUUCUUUGUUCAAGGCCAUUCAAAAUUCUUGAAACUAAAAUAAAGAUUAACACAAUUUUUAAGCUUA